AUGGAAAUCAAAUCUGGACAUAUAACUAGUUCUAUUAGUAAAAGCAACGUCAAAUUACAUGAAGAAACCAAUGGGAUUGUCUACGGAACCGAAGGAAUGUUUUGUUAUUCCAUCUCUCGCGCCAAAGAAAUUUCCAAAAGGUUGUUUGAAUGUACGCCACAAAGGUUUCAAACUUAUGCCACUUUAUGGUGCAAAAAAGCAAUGCAAUAUUAUAUAAUUAGGUGUUAUAUAAAGACUUUUAUUUGCUUUUUUGCUGUUCCCUUAUCCAUUUUCUUGGCUUGGUGUAUCUGCUUAUGUGUCGGCUCUGCUUUAACAUUAAUUGCUUGUUGGAUUAUAUCAAAUAUCGUUUCGAUUGGUUUUAGUUUGAUUGUUGUUUCUCCAUUCUUCUGGUUCUCUCUAUUUGGAGCUGGAGUUGUGACUUUUUUGGUUACUAUGUGUAAUAUAGCAAUCCAAGGUGGUAAAACUAUCUAUCGCAUGGUUCGAACACCUUAUGGUGGUGACGAUAGUUGUGAUAAAUCUGUCAAAGAUUAA